AAGAAAUUGAACACACAUCUUAAUCUGAGCCAUGCAACCAGUCGGCAUUCUUGAAAGUUGAAACAGUACAAGUAAAAAGCCGAAGACCCCAAUGGAAGAAGAGAGCAAUGCCCUCACUCCUCUCUUCAUCAUCCACGUUUACUCUGUGUUGUACUCUCUCUAAGAAGUUCAUCCUCUCUCCCAAAGCAACAACUUUCUUCUUCACAAGAAAAGCCGUAUCCUAUUUCGGUACCAAAACCACCAUGUCCACAAACCUACAAUCACAUGCCUUUGCAGGCAAUCCUCUAAGAUCUAAAACACCCAAAUCGACCGACCCAUUAUCACCUCCCCUAGCCUUUGAAACCCUCAAAACUCAACUUUUAGGCAAUACCCACCAAUUAUCUUCUCUUAAUUUCAAGGUUCUACCCUUUAGGAAGGGCAGGCCUUUGGCAUCGUCCAGUAGCACAGAUGGUGAUUUGGGGCCCAAGUGGCAUCUGGGUUGGAUCAGUUUGGAUGAUUGUAAAGGUUUAUUUUCUGGUUCUGGGGAUGAAUUGAGCGGAGACAACAUGGUUUAUCUGGGUUCUAGGUCUGAGGAGGAUGUGGUUUAUUGGGCAAUUAAUGUCUCUGGAGAAAAUAGUUUGGUCACUGAUUCUGUUAGCAAGCAGUUUUGCUUUGUAGAGUUAAGGACACUUAUGGUGGCUACAGAUUGGGCUGAUGAGCGGGCCAUGUCUGAUUUGGCUGUUGCUGGUCAUGCCAAAGCGUUGCUGGAGUGGCAUAACAUCUCACGUUUUUGUGGAUAUUGUGGAGAGAAAACUAUCACCAUGGAAUCUGGGAGGCGGAAACAAUGCUCGAAUGAAUUGUGCAGAAGGAAAAUUUAUCCUCGUGUGGAUCCAGUUGUCAUCAUGUUAGUUAUUGACCGAGAAAAUGACCGUGUCCUUUUAGGCAGACAGUCAAGAUUUGUACCCCGAAUGUGGAGUUGCUUAGCUGGUUUCAUAGAGCCUGGAGAAAGCUUAGAAGAGGCAGUGAGGAGAGAAACUUGGGAAGAGACUGCUAUUGAAGUAGGAGAAGUAAUGUAUCAUAGUUCUCAACCAUGGCCUGUUGGCCCAAGCAGCAUGCCAUGUCAGCUGAUGGUCGGAUUCUUUGCAUAUGCAAAAUCAUUUGAAAUAAAUGUAGACAAGGAAGAGUUAGAAGAUGCUCAAUGGCACAGUAGAGAAGAUGUCCGAAAAGCAUUAUUGUGUGCGGAAUACAAGAAGGCACAAAGAACAGCAGCGGCCAAGGUAGAACAGAUGUGCAAAGGAAUUGAGAGAGGACAGAGUUUUUCAUCAGAUUUUAAUUUAGAAAGUGGGGAACUUGCUCCAAUGUUUUUUCCUGGACCCUAUGCAAUUGCGCAUCACCUAAUCACUUCCUGGGCAAAUCAAGGCUCAGCAUUUGAUGCAGUACAACUGAAACAACCUCCGAGUAGUUCAGAGUCAAAUUUGUAGCUCUCAUCCUUCACUCUUGCAGGAAGAGUAUUUGAUUCUAUCCUUCACUCUUGUUUCUGAAGAGCUUAGAGACAGUAUUUGAUUUCUGGGUUACAAAUGUUGCAAUAAUCAUUGAUUAGGAAAGCGACACCCUUUGUUAUUUCUGGGAGGCUGCUUCAUAGAAACAUCCAGUGGGUGUAAUCGAUUCAGAUUUUCUAUUUGUUUUGUUGCAGUCCGGAUUCUUGUCAUCAUGUGCAGUUAUAUAAUGAAACUAGAUUUUCUCCGUA